GGCCCGAACAGGGAAAGGGGCGCAUCAGAACGAGCGAUCCCCCUCGCCCUUUUCCUUCGCUCUCUCGCUCUCCCUCGCUUUCCGACGCCUCUUCUCCGGCAAACCUUCUAGUAGAGGGCUCGCCAUGGAUGCGGGAAAGAAGGAAUCGGAGGACGGGAAGGUCGACAUCUACUCCCUCUUCUGCCACUACAACAGUCUCUACUUCGACGAAGCCCUCGGCCCCUGCGUCGUCUCCUGGACCGACUCUCAAUUGAACAAAAAAAUGUUGGGUGAUCUUUUGUUGGCUCAAUGCAGCUGCACUGGUUCUUGCCUUUAUUAUUCAGAUGGUAGCUGUGAAAUACUUCUUAAUGAACUCUUGUUGAAAUCUCGGCCAACUGCUGAUCUCAAAAAUGCUUUACUACAUGAGAUGAUUCAUGCGUUCUUGUGGAUUAAGAAUAAAAAGAAUGAGCACAGUGUGCAUGGUCCAAGUUUCCGGGAAAUGAUGGAUUCAAUUAAUGCCAGCUCAAUGACAGAUCAUCAGAGACCAUCUGGUGGCUACAACAUUACCAUUUACCAUGAGUUCCAGGAGGAAGCUGACUCCUGCAGAGCUGGCAACUGCAUUUGUGAAGCAUGUGGGAAUUUGAUCAAGCCAGGCACGAAAAAGGAACAUUCAGCUAGUGACUGCAUUGAGAAUGUGGACCCUGAAGGGUGUUGUGAUAACCCAUCAUGUCAAUGGCAUAGCAAUAAGAAGUAUUGCUCUGGAAGCUGCAUUAAGAUACAAGAACCAACUGAAUGUGGUAACAACAAAAUGAGUUUGAAAGAUGAGGAGGAGCUUCAUGAGGGCAGGUAUAAAGGUUUGCACUAUAUGACCAGACAAAGAAAACGAAAAUUUUGUGAAGCAGGAACAAAGGAUAAUUUGGAUGGCAAAAAGAAGGUAACACUCAAAGAUGGAGGAACGGAGGAGAAUUUGGAUAGCAACAAGGUAAUAUGUGAAGCAGGAGCAAAGGACAGUCGAGAUGGCAAGAAAGUGGCAUUCAGAGAUGGAGGCACAGAGGAUUAUUUAGAUGGCAAGAAGAAAGGAGCAUUUAAAGAUGGAGGGAUAAAGGGUCAUUUGGAUGGCAAGAAGGUGGCAAUGUCAGACUUCUUCGCAUCCGUGGGUGCGCCGGCUGGAAACUUUGACGAGCUCAAGGGCAUAGAAUCAAAAAGUAGCAGCUGUCCAGUGGCUCCAGAAACCUCUAAACGUGCAAGAACUCCAGCACUCAAGAAGCAGCAAGCAUGCACUUGCCAGAAAAGAAGAAAACUAGGAAGACGCAGAAAUGAUUACACAGUUGCAAGUGAAUGGUUGGAGUAUUUUGCAUAUGAGGAAUCUGAGGAAAAUGUUGAACCUCUAGUAAAUAAAAGAACAGAGAGGAGGAAAAAGCAAAGACUGCUCAGAAGACUGAAUGGAGGCGGCCCCAGCCUUGCUGUGGGCAAUAAGCAAGAGUCUCAGAACAUCCAAGCACAUGAAGCAGGCAAAAACACCAGUGCUGCCAUGACCAUUGUGGAAAUCCCGGAUGACUAAUUGAACUGGUUUUGGAUUUGACUUAUCAGAGAUAUCAUGGCUGUGGUACUGGGUGAUUGUCUUUUUUUCGUUUUUUUGUUGGGGGGGUGUGCGGUUUUGACGUUAUAGAGGCCAUGCUAUACUGUGGCAGAUGGGAAUGCGAAACAGUAGUAUCAAGGAUAAAUAGCAAGCAUAGCAAAAAUACUUGUACAGUGGAAGAUAAUUUAAGAGAUACAUACUAGGUGUCCUUUCUGGGUGACCGUUUGCACGUUUUUUUCCCCUUAAAUGAAGUGACUUUCUAAAAGAUA